GCUUGCAAUGUUGACAAUCAACCCAAUCGGAUGCCUUUGAGUUGCCCUUUAGCGGCGCCGCGCGCUUGAACUUGACUUUGUCCAUUGCUUUCGUUCACAUCCCACAGCACUUCCGACUACACCUUCAUUCAUAUAACACAGCCAUGUCCGUAUCAUCCGUAUCAAGGCAACAGGUUCUCGGAGCAUACAGAAACCUCCUGAAGGCACAGCGACAGACGUUCAAGGGCGAUUGGACCACACUCGCAGCUGCCCACCAAAAGACUUAUGCCGAGUUCGACAGCAAGCGCAAUGAGACCGAUGAGACCAAGGUCAAGGAACAACUCGAGCUCGCCAAUCAAGUCGCCUCACUCCUCCGUCACAACCUCGCCCAGGCUGUCAAAGUCGAGGGCAACGGCGAUAUCUAUUCAUUAAAGUUGAACAAGGAUCACGAAUUAGGCGACAAUGAGACCUUGAGACAGGCGUCCAAGCUGCGCCGGCUGAAGAACCAGGAGGCCGGUGGUAAGGCUGCAGGCGGCGGAUGCGGCUCUCCUUCAUGCUGCUCUGCAUAAAUGCACAUGGAUCAUUCCUUCUUUUUUUCACAUACACAUAUUAUCUUCCUGAGUGAAUCCAAAGAGCAAUUCGAGCACCGCUUGUAAUAAAAACUACAUAGAAAUGUCAGUAUUCCGCACGAAACCCCGGAAGCAAUUGAAGCAACAAAAAAAGAAAAAAAAACCAUUCAUUCAUUGGAG